UGUUUUAGCGACAAAAAUUCACCAAGAGGUCAGUUAGUAACGCAACAAUCAAAACAUAGACAGUGAUUUUUGUGUAGAAUUCUUGGGAAGCGAGCAAAAUGUCUCCACUGAUUCUGCAUUGCAUCUUCACGAUUGCUGUUUUAGCAGGUGUGCAAACUGAGGGCUGGAUGGCAGAUAAAAAGGGUUACAAAUACCAACCAAACACCAAAACAUACUUCCAAGGACCUGAUGUCCUAAACAGCAAGUACCACAAACCAUCAAACUCAAGAACAGUUGUUUUGUUCUCAAGGACAGGGAAAUUCCUUGAAAUUUCUGAGAAAGGAAGAGUAAAAGGGGCAAUAAAUCCGAACUCGAAAGGGAUUUUUCUAGAGUUGCAAACGUUCGGGAUUUCCUAUCGCAGAAUCAAGAGGUCAGAUUCUCAGCUUUUUGUUGCAAUCAACAAAUACGGAAAGGCGUAUACACAGAGAACCUCCCACCCAGAUAUUGAGACACUCUUUCAAGAAAUUAUUGAUGGAGCCAGUAUCAUAUUCAAGAAUGUGAAAUAUGGAUGGCUUUUGUCGCUGAAGAAAAACGGCAAAGUGAAGAAGGCUGUCAAACCAGUGAAACAAAAUGGAAGGUUUCCAAGAUACACAAAGUUUCUUACAAUAUUUCCAGAGAAAAUUCCGUUGGGGGUGGAGAACGAGACAAAGCGUCCAUGAACCUUUGAAAUUAUAAAGCAAGUUAUUGAAUCAUAUUAUAGCCGACGAUACAUAUCUCUUUCAGAAAUUCUGCCAAUUGACACUGAGAAAGACAAUUGUGGAUUUUUACUGGAGAUGAUUCUUUGGUGACUAACUUUAAACAGUAGUAUUAGAAGCAGUCUCCCUUGAAAGUAAAGCUCCUUGUUAAAGAUUUCAACAUGGCUGAUAAGCUUUCACAAGUUUUGUAAUGAUUUUAUGAGUAUUGGCGAUUCUGAUCCGGUACGUGCCAAACGGGGUAGUGAAUGGCCUCAGCAGUAAAAUUUAUUGUCAAUGAAACUGUACUCUUGUUCAA